AAUAAUAAAGCUUUCAUGAAUGCCUCAUUGCAAGGUAAUAAAGGUCUUUGCGGCAAUGUAAUAGGUUUCCUGCCAUGCAACAUACCAUCCUCUAUGGUGAAGAAGCACUCAAUGGCGAAGGGACUUAAACUCAUCCUCAUCACUGUACUUCCUAUUCUGGGAGCAUUAGUGCUUCUUUGUGCUUUCGCUGGUGCUCUCUUUAUGCGUGACCAAAGAAGAAGAGUUGGAGACGUUGAAAGACGGGAUUCCAUUGACAAAGAUGAUGGUCUGCUUUCAAUAUCCUCAUUACAUGGAAGUUCAUUAUACUGGGAUAUCUUAAAAGCCACCGAGGAGUUUGAUGCAACAUUUUGCAUUGGGAAAGGAGGGUUCGGAAGUGUUUACAAGGUAAAUCUUCCAUCAUUGGGAAAUGUAGCUGUGAAGCGACUUCAUUCUUCAUUUGAGAUUAAGCAUCGCAAGAGCUUCAUGAAUGAGGUAAGGGCAUUGACAGGGAUUAAGCAUCGGAACAUUGUGAGACUCUAUGGCUUUUGUUCGAAUGCACAACACUCGUUCUUGGUUUACGAGUAUGUGGAGAGGGGGAGUUUGUCUAGUAUAUUGAGCAACGAAGUAGAGUCCAAGAAAUUGGAUUGGCUUACAAGGGUGAAUAUCAUCAAAGGUGUUGCUUAUGCUUUAUCCUACAUGCACCACGAUUGCUCACCCCCGAUUGUUCAUCGGGACAUAUCAAGCAGUAAUGUUUUGCUUGACUCCGAGUUUGAAGCUCGUGUUUCAGAUUUUGGCAUAGCUAAGAUUCUCAAGCCAGACUCAUCCAAUUGUACUGCACUUGCAGGCACAUAUGGCUAUGUAGCACCAGAGCUUGCCUAUACAUUGAAGGUGACGGAAAUGUGUGACGUCUACAGCUUUGGAGUAUUAGCAUUGGAGGUAAUCAAAGGAAAGCAUCUUGGGGAAUACCUUACUCUUCUAGCAAAUCCAUCAACAAGAGAUGUGCAGCUAAGUGAUUUGCUAGAUGAACGCCUUCCACAUCCUGAGGAUGAAGUAAAAGAGUUUUUGGUUUUCAUCGUCAAGCUAGCAAUCUCGUGUUUGCUUGAAAAUCCAAAAUCAAGGCCAACAAUGCACUUCAUCUCUCAUAUGUUAUCAAUGGAUCCACCCAAUCAUCAGAUUCCAUGAAAGUGAGAUUCCUCGAGAUGUAAGGUGCCCUGGUAUGGAAAAGAUUAUGCUCAGCACCAAGUCGUUGUGAAGUAACAAGUAUGUUGAUCUGAACUUUCACAGCAAAAUAUUAUUAAGAUUAGCCUUUCUGUAUUGUUGAGUUGAGUAUAUAGAUUACUUAUUUCAAUCUGAAGGUCUCAGAGCCUUUGUACUAGAAUAUAUACAAACUACAGUAUACUAUAUACUGAUGUUAAGUAAUAAAAGCAAGUUCCAUGUUCGUUAAGUA